AUGGCUACGAGUGUCGUGCCCACGUCCAUGGCACGGCAUGAAAUUCAGGAGCCAGUCCUGCCAAGUCCCGGGACUCCGGAUUCACAUGAGUCGGAAGCCACGGAAGGCUCCGGCAGCACGGGCGACGACGACGACGACGAGGAGGAGGAGGAGGAGCAGCUCUACGGAGACCGGGAGGAUGCCCAAUCCUUCAUCCAGCCCUCCAUCAGCCGCGCAGCCACGCGUCUGACCUCGCCCAAGACGCCGGCUGCCGAGAAGGUGGCCGCCAUGGACGAACUGAUCGACGGUUUCUUUGGUGGUUCAGACGAAGCGGCUCCGGCACCUGCAGCCAAGCCGCCGGUCCCUGCAGAACCACCAGCGCCGAUCUCAGCACCGGACCAUCCCCGGAAGCCAGAUGUCGCCAACUUGCAUCUCGAUUCCACGCCCUCGGCAUACGAAUUCGAAGCCGUCCUGCCUACGCCGUGGCACGCCGGACCGAAGGAGUUGGUCGUUGCUGGGCCCGGCAAUGCCAAGCCCGCCCUCGCCGGCGUCUUUGGCCAGAGCAGCAGCAGGCCCCGCCGGUCGUCUUCGGUCGGGCAGGAGGCCCUGAGGAGGCUGUCCAAGGCCCUCCCGUCGAUAUCCAUCCCGAGCGGCCUCAUGUCCAGCUUCCCGACGCCGUCGUUCUUCUCCUCCAGCUCCUCGUCCCCCAAGGCCACCGGGGCCCAAUCGCCGAUGCGAUCGGCCUCGCCCGCGAUCAGGACCCGGAAUUCGUCGGCGCAGGUCCGGCCCGCCUCCGUGGCCAUUCCGGUCGGGUCCCGGCCAGCGGUGGCGCAGGGGCAACCCGCCACCGUGCUUGCGAGCCUACCCGAGGCGUCCAGGCGGUCCUUGACAUUGCACAAGUCGCCGUCUGACGACUCCCUGCUGUACCACUCGCUGUCCAGGGUGUCCUCGUUUGGGGACGACGCACGUUUCGAAAACAUCCGCGAACAGGUCAACUCGAGGUUCAAGGCCAUCAAGGAUAGUUUCCCUGAGAGGCCGACUUUCAAGAUGCCGCCCAUGCCAAACAUUUUCCCAAGGAGUCCUGGUCUGGACGGCCCGGCGCCUAUGAGCUCCGGCAUCCCCAAAGGGGAUCUCAAGAGCCAGGUCAUGUCCCGGCCGGCGACGUCUCUACUUGACCAGGUCCUGGACACUCUCGAGGGCGACAUCGUCGUGCUCGGGGGCUACAGAGGCUCGAUCCUCAGAUCUGCCGAGCCUCCGCACCGGCAACUAUGGGUCCCCGUCAAGGUCGGACUCAACAUCCGGAAGGUCAACAUGGAGGUCGGCCUCGACCCGGCAGACGAGGAGAACAUGGAGAAGACCAUUUACCCCUCCGGCAUGCUGCAGCACAUCGGCCCCGUCGACAUCUCGCGCCGGCUGUUCAAGAAGCUGCGAGACUGCGACAACGCCCGCUCCGGCAAGCUGCGGGUGCACGACUACGGGUACGACUGGAGGCUGAGCCCGCACCUCCUGUCGCGGAAGCUGGUCGAGUUUCUCGAGAAGCUGCCGUCCAACAGGCCCGGCACCCCCGCGCCGAGGAGGGGCGCGCUCGUCAUCGCCCACAGCCUGGGCGGCCUCAUCACCCGCCACGCCGUCAACCAGCGGCCCGAGCUGUUCUCGGGCGUCGUCUACGCCGGCACGCCCCAGCGCUGCGUCAACAUCCUGGGCCCCAUCCGCAACGGCGACGCCGUCCUGCUCAACGAGAAGGUCCUGACGGCCCAGGUCAACUUCACCCUGCGCACGAGCUUCGUCUUCCUGCCCGAGGACGGCUUCUGCUUCAUCAACAAGGAGACCAAGGAGGAGUACCCGGUGGACUUUUACGAUAUCAACGACUGGAUCAAGUACCGCUUCUCCCCGUGCCUCGACCCCCCGACCUCCUCCGACGCCGACGUCGGCACCAACGCCGCAGGGACCCUCUCCUCCAAGCGCUCCAGCACCUUCGGCACCCUGCUCGACCUGUCCUCCACCUUCCCCCUCCGGCCGCGCUCCGUCACCACCGAGUCCAUACGUAAACCUGCCGCCUCCUCUUCCGACACCACCACGUUCCUCCACAACAACAGCAACAACAACCACAAAGACCGCACCCUCGCCCCGCAGAUGCAGGACUCCUCGGCGUACGCCUCGCCGCCGCCGCCGCCGCCCUCCCCGACCCAGCGCGACAGGAACAUAGCCUACCUGACGCGCGUCCUCGCCGACACGAAGCGCUUCCGCGCCGAGACGGCCCACGACCGCCGCCUGACGGCCGCCAACGCCUACCCGCCCCUGGCCGUCAUCUACGGCAAGGACACCCCGACCGUCUACGCCGCGCGCGUGCCCUCCCGCGCGGCCAUCGCCGGGCCCGAGGCCUACGACGACCUCGGCUUCCGGUCCGGCGACGGCGUCGUCCUCGCCAAGGAGGCCAUGGUGCCCGACGGGUAUGACCUCGUGCGCGGGGGCCGCGUGAGCUCGGACCGCGGGCACAUCACGCUGCUGGGCGACCUCGGCGCCGUGGGCAGGGCGCUCGAGGCGGUCGUCCGGGGCCGGCGCAAGGGGAUCGGCCUCGGGCCCGCUGCGGCCGCCGCCGAUAGGAAAGGCUGA